CUUGUAUUUUCCCUGAACUCCUAGACCAGUCGAAUCCUCGUCACCAUAUUCUAGGCACCGUCGUCGCUGUUACCUUUUGGCCGGCAUUUCUCCCAACAUGCCGCUCCCGCUGCAGCAACAUGAGCGGCAGCAGCGCGCCGCGGAGCAGGUUUUAGACCGACGACUCCGGCCGGUGUACGAGAUGGUCGACUCGCGGAACCUGAAAGGCGCGUUGAAGCUCGUUAAUAGUCUCCUCCAGAAAGCGGGAGGAGACCAGGCUCAGACUAAGCUGGUGAAGGCACUGGUGCUGUACCGCAUGGGGCGGGAGGGCGAGGCGGUGGAGGUGUGUGGGGAGGUGCGGGAGGAGGGCAGGGAGGGGCGGCUGACAGAGCGGACGCUCAUGGACCUUAUGGACCUCUUGGCGAGGAUGGGUAGAGCCCACGAGGCAGCGGAGGCGUUUGAGGCGGCAGCAGCAAAGCAGCCAGACAACGUGGAGCUGCAGGAGCUGCUGGUGGGCGCAGCGCUGAAGAGCCGCAGCUACGUGAAGAUGCAGCAGGCCGCCAUGCGCCUGCACAAGAAGCAGCCAAAAAACGACAAAUACCUCCUCUGGGCCGUCUGCAGCAUGGACCUGCAGGCAUUCGAGAAGGAGAAUCACGCAGCAUGCCACCUCCCAUCGUCCGUCGCCUCCUUCCACCUGCCAGCUUCAGCUGCCGCCACGUCAGCACCAGGUGCAGCGACAUCAUCUCCCGUGCCUGUGUCAGCAGCUGAGGUGGCGAAGCAGCGGCGGCAGCUGCUCCAACUGGCAGAAGCAAUGAUCCAGAGAAAAGCACAGAGCGAGGGAGGGCUCAAGUCAGCUGAAGCCCUGCGCCUGUACGUGGAUCUAAUGAGGCGGCAGGGCAAGGGGGAGGAGGUGCUGCGGGUGCUGCAGGGCCCCAUGGCCAAGCUCUUCACAAUCAAAUCAGAUCUGCUGCAGAUCCGCGGGGAAGUGCAGCAAGACCUAGCGCAGUUCACUGAUGCUGCUGCCACCUUCAGGGAGCUCCUGGCAGUCAGUGACGAUGACUGGGUGGCAUCUUUGUCUUAUCUGGAUUCUCUGAUGCUCGCGCACCUCCAGUCCUCUCUCUCCACUCCUCUCUCAGAGGCUGUAGCUGCUGUCACUGCCGACGCUGCUACAGCUGCUGCAACAGCUGCAACUGCUGCAACAACUGGUGCUAAACCUAUAGCUGCCGAAUCUCACGCGAGCUCUGGUUCGGAAGGAGGUUCGGGAGGAGGUUCGGCGGAGGCUGGGAGGGAGUCGGCCACAAGGGAGAGCCGGCUGGUGCAAGGGCUGCUGCUGCGGAUGCUGGCGGGUGGAGGGUAUGGCGGAGAGGGGGGAGGGGAUGGGGGCUUAGGAGGAAAGGGAGAGGAGGAGGGAGGAGCAGCUGGUGGGGGUGGAGGGAGUGAGGGAGGGAUGGAGGGGGGCGAGUGGGAGAGUGUGUGUGCGGGGGGGGCGGCAGCAAGUGCCCUGGAUGUGGCGUGCAGGGCGCCGGAGAGCAAGCGGGUCCAGGAUGAGCUAUUCCGGAUUCUUUCUGAAGCCGACCGCUACUUCCAGGGCCUCAGAGACAGGCUCUUGGCGCAGCAGCACUCGCCGCACCAGCACCUGUCGGGCAGCGGGCAGCCCGCAAUGAAAAGAGUAGACCAGAGCAGCGAGCGGGACGGGGAAGAAAGAGCGCAGCCGGCUUCUGCUAGCAGCGGGGAAGCAGGUGCAGCACAAGGGGAGAGCAAAUCAACAGAAGGAGAGGCGGCGAGUGCGGGUGUGCUGGUGAAGGCGUCUGCCACUAGCAAGGGCCCGCGGGUGGCGAGGGGGCCGUUUCUGAUGCGCCUGGAGGUGCUCCUCAGGCGCCUGCACCUGCUGCAGUGGUUCGGGUGCGGCCCGGGGGAGGUGCUAUCUGCGGCUGCUGACCUGGAGAGUGCCCUGCUGGCCUACUUUGACAGGCACGGAGACAUGAUCAGCUUUGCUUCGGACGUCCAAGCCUACGCCCUAGCCCUGCCCCAUGACGUCCGGGAUAGGCUCGGGACCGAGCUCCGAAGCAAGGUGGCAGGCUUGGAACCACUUGGGGGGAAGGGAGGGAUUCGAACAGGAGAGAGCGGGGAGGAGCCGGCGGAGGAUGGAGGAAAGGGAGGGAGGAGGGAGGGGGAGGCGGCGAGGGAGAUGCGGAAGAGGCUGCGGCGGAUAAUAAGCGUAGAGCAGGUGGAUGGCGUUAUGGGCAACUGGCGGUCUCUGGAUGAUCAUGCCCUCAUCUCUCGCGCACAGCGCUGUGUCCGUCUCUUCCUGGAAGCUUCCCCCCUCUCCGCCGCACUGGACCCCCGGGAGAAGGGCCAUGCGGACGAGCUGCUGCCGGUUGCUGCUUCAUGUCUUGUGGAGGUAUACCGUCGGCACCAGCCAGAGGGCGUGGGGUAUUUGAUUGAGGCAGUCUUGGUUCUCAACUAUGGCGUCUCGCUGCGACCGUUCAGCCCCCUAUUCAACACCAUGCUGGUCAGCAUCUACGGCCUGCUUGGAUGCCCCUCCCUUGCCCUCUCCAGCUUCCAGCGCCUGAGAGCAAAGCACAUCCAGAUGGACACGCUCACUCACCUCGUGCUGCCAUACCUGCACCAGUCAGCAUCGCUCGCUGAUGUCAGCAGCCUGCAUACUGACAUGCGCUCUUUCUUCAACGAUCACGUGUGGCGGGACAACGCUGACGUCACCAUGGAGGCUCUGAGGCACGGCACCUAUUCCAAGAUCCGCGAGUUCGCUGCCUUCCACCAUCGCCUGCAGCACUCUCACCAGCGCCUCCUCCUCUCCCCCAACUCCCUCCUCCUCUCCCUCCCCCUCGCCCUCCUCCCCCCCUCCACCCUUCCCCCCGCAAUCACCCAAUCUGGCUCGGCAGCCCCGAACCAAGCCCCUGUUUCCGAGCCUGUGGCUAAGGUUCGGGAGGUGCUGGCGGCAGCGGGGGGCGGGCGGGAGGAGGUUCGGCGGGUGGUUGAGGAGCAGCUGAGUCUGGUUCGGGUGAAUGAGGAUUGGAGCGUGCGGGCAUGGUGGGACCCGCUGCCUCUGCCUUUCAGUAGUCUGCUGGGGGCGUGUGGGAAAGGCCAAUUACCCCCUGACAGCUGGAUCAACCUCGAGUCCCCAGAAAAGCAACAAUCUCGCGAUUCUCUGCUGCUGAAGCAUGCGCAGUCCAGAGGCCUCCUCCCCCGCCUCCUCUUCCUCUCCCUCUCCUCCCCAUCCCACCUCCUCCCCUCUCAAGGGAAGAAAGCGGAGGUGGGGGCUGGGGCAGGGGAAGUGGGGGGAGGGGGGGAGGAAGGGGAGGCGGUGGAGGGGGAGUGGGAAGCAGUGUUGCAGCAGUCUUGCAGGCUGAAUGGAGUGGGGGACGAUGAGAUGGAGAGAAUGGCAGAGGAAGGAGCGGUGGACGCUGCAACGCAGCAGCAGGACCUGCCAGCUCUUCUUGCCCGCCUGCCCUGCCUGCUCUUUACUGCUUCCCUCGCCCUGCACCACCUGCAAUCCCCUGUCACUGCCACCACCGGCAGCAGCAGCAGCACCACCACCACCACCACCAAUGCUGCAGCUAGUGCCAAGAGGGCGGUAGGACUGGUGCAGGCUGUAUCUGCAGUGCUGGCAGCAACCCUUCAGCUGCUUCAGAGAGAGUGCAUGCUGCCAGGAUCUUCUGCAGAAGCUUCCCAGAAGCACCUUCCUCCUCUCUUAGUUUCUGGGAAGCUUCUAUUGUGCGCUCUGGGGUCGUUUGUUGGUGAGUCAGCUUUCUGGUCGGCACUCAUCAUAUCCCACUGGCACGCUGCGGCGCAGAGCCACCCACCUGCUGGGAAGAAGACAAAAAAGGCCGGCCCAGAUGUGGCCCAGCAGGGCCUGCCGGAAGAGGUGGUUCGGGCAGUCAAAGCUGCCCGGGAGCUGGCCCGGGUAGGAUUACAGUCCCUGCGAAAAGCUUUGUCCGGGCAGAUUAGCGGCAAGGGCCAGCUGCCAGAUAGCGACAUGGCUUGUGCUCUUAUCGGGUUGCUCCCUGGUGUGAACUGCAGUGUAGCUGGAGAUGAUAAAAUGGCAAUUCCAGGGCGCGUGGUUGGUGAGCUGUGCAAGCUGGUGAAAGAAAAGGCGGAAGGAGCAGCCGCAGGCCAGCAGGGCACAAGCAGCACACAGAAGGAAGACAACAGACUUAAGGAGAACGGGGGGCAUAGGGACAGCGAUGCUGCUAAUGGUGAUGGGGAUGGUUCACUGGAUGGGGUUUUGGUGGAGUGGAGCGCCACUUCUGCUGCUGAAAGGCUGCUGUGGAGCCAUAGGCGAUUCAUCCAGCAGCUCGUUGCCUUGCUAGAUUGCCAAAUCGGCAUCCUAGGUUCCACGUAGGAUCGUAUGUUUAGGAAGUUCAGUGGCAGCAGGAACUAGUCCAUUGUGUAGGACUAAUCUCGGGGAAUUUAUUUGUACCGUAUUAUUAUCCAUCGUCUGAUCUUUUUGUUAAGAAAUAAUGCUAACGGUU